CUUUUAAUGCUUGUCUUCCUCCUACAGGCUGCGCUGCUAUUUAUGUCGUCGCUCCCCCCACUAGCUGCGGUGACGAGUGCCCCAGCCUGAGGCUGCGCAGUUCUUCCGCUAGCUCUCUCUCUCUCUCUUCUCCACAGGUACGUGCUACUUAUUGUGCUUCGAUCUCCUCCUCCUUGAUAUUUCCAUCUCUCUAUUCAAUUUCUUCUCACUCCUACUACGAGACACUUGAUAGGAAGAGAAAGAUCUGGUCUUGCAUUGCACUGCGUGAUGGCUUCUGGCCCGGCUCCGAUCCCUUCCGGAGCGUGGCUGCCCCACGCGGCAGCGCUGGUGACGCUGGUGCUGGCUCUUGCGGCGGUGCCGUCAGCUUGGGCGGACAAUGUGGACAUGGUGUUCCUCAAAAGCGCAGUCGCCAAAGGAGCAGUGUGCCUGGACGGGACUCCCCCGGUCUACCACUUCUCCCCUGGCUCCGGCUCUGGCGCCAAUAACUGGGUGGUUCAUAUGGAGGGAGGAGGGUGGUGCAAGACCUCCGAGGAGUGCGCAAUCCGGAAGGGCAACUUCAGGGGCUCUUCCAAGUACAUGAAGCCACUCUCCUUUUCUGGGAUAUUAGGGGGCAGCCAGAAAUACAAUCCUGAUUUCUACAACUGGAACAGAGUGAAGGUCAGAUACUGCGAUGGUUCAUCAUUUACCGGUGAUGUCGCGGCAGUAGAAUCUUCGACAAACCUGCAUUACAGAGGGGCAAGGGUUUGGAAUGCCAUCAUCGAAGAUCUACUCCAGAAGGGGAUGAGCAAGGCACAGAAUGCUCUUCUUUCUGGAUGUUCAGCCGGAGGUCUAGCAGCAAUACUGCAUUGUGACAAAUUCAGUGAUCUGCUUCCAGCAUCGGCAAAAGUCAAGUGCUUUUCAGAUGCUGGUUAUUUUUUUGAUGGGACAGAUAUCACCGGCAACAAAUAUGUCAGAAAGGUCUAUAAGGAUAUUGUAAACCUACAUGAAUCAGCUAAAAAUUUGCCAUCUUCAUGUACAUCGACGCAAUCACCUGAGCUGUGCUUCUUCCCGCAGUAUGUCAUCCCAACAUUGCGCACACCGCUAUUCAUACUUAACGCAGCGUAUGACUCAUGGCAGAUCAGGAACAUACUAGCACCUAGCGCUGCUGAUAAAAGCAAGGCCUGGGCCAAAUGCAAGCUUGACAUAAAGAACUGCUCCUCCAGCCAACUCGUGACCAUGCAGAAUUUCAGGAAAGAGUAUCUGGCAGCGCUUCCUCAACCGGGGCAGUCUCGUUCUCUAGGCAUGUUCAUCGACUCAUGCUUUGCUCACUGUCAAUCUGGAGCACAAGACUCAUGGCUUGCCGAAGGUUCCCCUUCCAUUCAGAAGACGCAAAUUGGCAAAGCAGUGGGGGACUGGUUCUUUGAACGGGCGGUAUCCCAGCGGAUUGAUUGCCCAUAUCCUUGCAACCAGACCUGCAAGGACAAUGAAGAUGAUUGAGCAAUUGUAUCUGGAUAUCAGUUAGAUGCUUUUUUUUUGUCGUGCAGGGGAAACGGGGAUUAGAUCACAUCCAUAGCUACAAGUAGAAUAGGUCAUUCUACAUAAAUAGUUACUUGCACAUCCUACGUUUGUGGAUUUUUAUUGGUACUGAGAAUAAAAAAGAGGAAAUUUGGUUUAA